AUGGGCUCCGAGCGCUACCCCGUCCGACACAAAGGCAUCUACCACAAUCUGCCCACUUUCGACCCGUCUAUCAAGGACCUCACGGCGAUUGUCACUGGUGCCAAUGGCAUUUCGGGCUUCCAUACGAUGCGGGUGCUGCUUGAUAGCCCCGAGCGCUGGAGCAAGGUCUACGCUUUGUCACGCCGCCCACCACCCAAGGAAAUGAUGGCUCUGCUUCCAGAAUCCCAACGUUCGCGAGUCCAACAUGUGGCAGUCGAUUUCCUGGAGGAUCCGAAAAAGAUCGCUGAUGCCAUGACCUCAGCUGGUGUCAAAGCCGACUACGUCUUCUUCUACUCGUACCUGCAGCCAAAGCCCCCGCCAGGAAGUGGCCCUUGGUCCAAUGCCGAUGAACUGGUCAAAGUGAACAGCGCGCUACUUGACAACUUCCUUCAGGCUCUCACCCUCAGUAAGAUCAUUCCCAAGCGCUUUUUGCUGCAAACGGGGGCCAAAAACUACGGUGUUCAUGUUGGUCGAGCCCGCACUCCAGCUAUCGAGUCCGACCCGCAACCGGCGCACCUGCAACCGAACUUCUACUACCCGCAAGAGAAAUUGCUCUUCGAGUUUUGUAAAGCCAACAAUACCGCGUGGAAUGUUGUCCGUCCAGCUUGGAUCCUGGGCGCCGUCAACAACGCCCAAAUGAAUGCCCUCCAUCCGUUCGCUCUUUAUGCCGCCGUACAAGCGCAAAAGGGUGAACCUUUAUAUUUCCCGGGAGACUGGGACACUUGGCAAUUUGAGUAUCAUCAUUCCUCUGCUAUGCUCACAGGCUAUUUAUCCGAGUGGGCGGUAUUGGAGGACAAGUGCAAGAAUGAGGCCUUUAACUCCCAGGACACCGGACCUGUGUCCUUUGACCGCUUCUACGAGGAGUUGGCACGAUGGUUCGGCGCUGAGAAGGGCGUCCAUCCCCCGGAAGAGGAUUUGACCAAAUUCCAUGAGAUCAAGGGCACCGGCGGGAAACAGUCUCCCAUGGGAUACGGCCCUGCUCCAACAUUUCGCAUCCUGUUCUCACUUGUCGACUGGGCUUCGCAGCCUGAAAACAAGGAGGCCUGGCAGCAGCUCAUGAAGGCGUCCGGCGGUCAACUGACCGAUAACCCUUUCAACGAUCCUCAGGCGAGCUUUGAAUUCGGCGAUGCGGCCUUGAGCAAAUUUGGUAGUUUGUGCAUGAACAAGGCGAGGCGAUUGGGCUGGACUGGCUUUGUCGACACGAUUGAGGCUCUCUUUGAGAUGUAUUACGAGAUGGGCCACUUGGGAAUGGUACCUAGGAUGAAAGUGGAUAAAGCAAAGCCUUUGGUGUAA